AGCAACUAAACAACAACGUAUACCAUUGCAGAUCCUCUGGGACUGGCUUGUCUCAUUUCAGCUCUGUGCGAACCCUCAUACAGGCACAAUCUCUUAACUUCAUCCCUCGUCAUUCUGCAAGGCCUUUGCUACCUGCCCCAAGGCUUCCCUCUGGCCACUGGUAUGAGGUCUACUCAAUGUCCAGACCCACACUUGUGCAACCCAGAAGAACAGAGGAGUUAAACUCAAGGGUAGGGGACUUAAUGCCCUUUGGGGAAAGCCUUUGAUCAAGAAAAGAUGAGAGCCAUAGGUAAAUUCUUCCCCUUCCUUUUCCACCCUCCCACCCCCAAGGCCUAGGGGUGAUCCUGAAAUGCACUUUAUAUGGCUUCUGAGAGGCUCAGUCUGAUAGAUUUAACAGGUGGCCAGCUUGAUGAGGCAUUGUCAUAUUGGCUGUCCUCCUUUGCUUUAUUUCCAUAUUCCCUCAUUCCUGCUCACUGUGAUUGGAUUUCUUAUUAAAAUAAUAUUACAUGAGCUUUUUGCUUCAGACCAUGCUUUUGGUAGGGGCAAAAACACAGGCUACAAGGACAGCAGCAAAAAGAAUAGUGCCUGUAAUUGACUGAAGCAUAUUAAGUGUAUGAAAAUUUGUGAACCUAAUAGUGAUAGUCAAAAGGAAAGGAAGAAUUCCCCUACCAAAAAAACCCAGUCUCUCAUUUGCCAUCAUUGAAAGUGAAUAUUAUGAGCCUCCUUCUCUCAAAAUUGAUAAUUGGACUUUUCUGGUGGUCCAGUGUUUAAGACUCCAUGCUUCCACUCCAGGGAGUGUGGGUUUGAUCCAUGGUCAAGGAACUAGGAUCCCACAUGCCACACAGCAUAGCACCCCUCCAAAAAAAGACAGUUUGCUCUAUAAUUAUACAUGUAUAAUAAUGAAAAAAUGUUUUUUGUAGCCUUUAGCUUUUAAAAUUCUCACUGAAGGAGUGUUACAUAUCCUGACCAAUAGUGCUUGCAUGUGAUGAGGUAGGGAGGGAUGGGGAGACAGUCUACACCAAAUAAUUACAUUUGGCUUGCACAUGAAUGGUAUAAACCAUUUUGUAAUCGGUGUUGUUUCUCUAUGUUCUAUGUAAUUUCCUUUGCAUAACUAAUAUUGAUGCUAAAUUUCAAAAUAUGCCAUGUUUUAAAAAAAUUUUUUCACAAUAUUACAUUGAAAUUAUGAAUACUCAUUGUAACACCUCCCUUGCUUUUUUAAGAAUCUUCUGAUCUAUAGUCAGAUGCAUUAUCCAUUGCAUUACUGACCCCCCAUCUCCUUUGCUUUUUAAAUCUCCAGAUUAAAUUACUAAUAUUGGUGUAUUUACUUCCUACACUUUCUUAUUAUGAUUGAAAAUAGCAUCUGCCCAGAGGAACUAGCAUAUUGGCAGAUAAAUCUGUUAUCACUAUCAACAUGCCUUUGUUAUUUACAUUUUGAAACAAGAUGGUCAGGGCAAUUUAAUCUGUUGACAAAACCCCAUGCAAGUAUAGGACUUAGAGGGGAAAAAAAUGUGAUGAGAAAAAAGUUUUGUUUAUCCCUAGACUUUUUUUUUUUUUUUGGCCAAGAAUUAAAUUUGCCUCAACUUAAUUGCUUUACACACAUUCUUGUGACAUUGCAUGAUUUUGAGGGAGGGAGGGAAAGACGAGCUGUGACUGUGGUGUGUGUCUAAAAGCGUGCAUUAGAGCAGAGGAGAAAGCACCAGCAAGCUGGUUUGACCAGAAACAGAACUGCCUGUGACAGAUUAAGAGACAAGCAAGGCUGGGAAUCUGAGAGCAAGCAAAGAGAGUGGAAAUUUACAGCUGCCCCGUGUGAGUGUUCAGUGAGCAUUUUCUGCUAACCUUUUCCGGUGGUAACUGUUACUCUUCAAAGACAGAAGUCAAGACAGAUCAUGGAAAGUCUUUUCUCUGCCAUGCUUUGGUAAUAGGAGGCACCCUCUGUUAAAUGGAAGAUAAAGGCUACUUCAUCUAAAGUGCUUGGAGCCCCAGAGAGAGCUGUCUUCAGCACCUCACCAUGGGUCUACUUUUUGCUGCUUAGAUAAGCCUGGACUUUUCUAUAACAUUGGGCAUCGAUGGAAGGCAUGUAAUCGUUCUUCUGUGGGAAGAAGGAAGUAUGUAUUGUUAGCUGCUAAACAUUCUGUAUUACAUGAAGAGAUUUCUAUAAAUGAAAAAAUGCCUCUGUUUAGUAAAUCACACAAAAAUCCAGCAGAAAUCGUGAAAAUUCUGAGAGACAACUUGGCCAUUUUGGAAAAGCAAGACAAAAAGACAGAUAAGGCUUCAGAAGAAGUGUCGAAAUCACUGCAAGCAAUGAAAGAAAUUCUGUGUGGGACAAGUGACAAGGAGCCCCCAAUGGAAGCCGUGGCCCAGCUCUCACAGGAGCUCUACAACACCGGGCUGCUGGUGACGCUCAUAGCCGACCUACAGCUGAUAGACUUUGAGGGAAAAAAGGAUGUGACCCAGAUAUUUAACAACAUCCUGAGAAGACAGAUAGGCACUCGGAUUCCUACCGUGGAGUACAUUAGUGCUCAUCCUCACAUCCUGUUUAUGCUCCUCAAAGGCUAUGAAGUCCCACAGAUCGCCUUACGUUGUGGUAUUAUGCUGAGAGAAUGUAUUCGACAUGAACCACUUGCCAAAAUCAUCCUCUUUUCUAAUCAAUUCCAAGAUUUCUUUAAGUAUGUCGAACUGUCAACAUUUGAUAUUGCUUCAGAUGCCUUUGCUACCUUUAAGGAUUUACUGACCAGACAUAAAGUGUUGGUAGCAGACUUCUUAGAACAAAAUUAUGACACUAUUUUUGAAGACUAUGAGAAACUGCUUCAGUCUGAGAAUUAUGUGACUAAGAGACAAUCUUUGAAGCUGCUAGGUGAACUGAUCUUGGACCGGCACAACUUUGCCAUCAUGACCAAGUACAUCAGCAAGCCAGAGAACCUCAAACUGACAAUGAACCUCCUCCGGGAUAAAAGCCCCAACAUCCAGUUUGAAGCCUUUCACGUCUUUAAGGUGUUUGUGGCCAGUCCUCACAAAACACAGCCUAUUGUGGAGAUUCUUCUGAAAAACCAACCCAAACUCAUCGAGUUUCUGAGCAACUUCCAAAAAGAAAGGACCGACGAUGAGCAGUUCACCGAUGAGAAGAACUACCUGAUUAAACAGAUUCGUGACUUGAAGAAAGUGGCCCCUUGAAGUCCCACUGAGUUUCCUGCCACCAUCACGACCUCAUUUAUUCAGUUCGUACGAGAAGUGUCAUUUCAAAAAGUAGCCAUUCCUGGGAAGGCUGUGGAUGUGCCUUUUUUUCCUCAAUCUGUCAUUCAGGGUAGAUGGAAUAUAAUCUUUUGAAUGAAAAAAAAUUAAUUUAGAAUAAUAUAUUCAUUUUAACCUGUGAUUAUUUAUAUGAAAUCAGAGCCAUUGUAUUGGAAAAUUGAUAAAAGCAACUUUAACCCUUUCUUAAUGAAAGGCAGCAAGGCUGUGGGCUUACAGAUGAGCCCUCAGUCACCACGAGCCACCAAGUAGUGGGAACUCAAAGGAUGGAUGUCACCCAGUCCUCAAAGAGGGUUAAAUUCUCAGAGGAGAACUGGGAGUUGGGGCAAGAUGCACAAAACUGUUUUUCCCAUCUGCAGUUGGACCCACAAAUUUCUUAAGGCACUAAGAAAAUAAGAUCCAUAUUUUCAGCCAUUACAUAUUCUAUUCCCUGCCCACAUCUUUUAACCGUAAUCAUUCAUUCUUAACUUCCUAGGAAACCGAUACCCUCCUUUCUGCUUAUGACCCCACAUUCUAUCUCGAUGAAUCUCCUCUGUACACCUGACUCAUGGUACAAACGCACACACACACACACACACACACACAUACACACACACACCCCCUACUCUGACCAGGUUAGCAUAGAACCAACUAGGUAUAAACAGGAUGGUCUAACAAGGAUCACAGGCAUGAAGGCCCCACCGGGGUAGGACCAGCUCACUUGAAAACUUGUACCAGACGGUUUAGAACCACAGCUCUAGCAGAAAUAAUUGCUGUUUCACAGAGUUCUAUAGGGUUAGUGAAUAUUUGGAAUAUUUCAUUCAUACUUCUUAAUUUGGGAAAGAAGUUUUGUGGAGAAAGUGUUUUUCAGAGUAAGAAUCAUUGCAUCGAGAUGCCUAGUGUGUGCAAAACCACAGGUCCAGAGGGUCACACUUAUACAUAAGGGAACACUGCAUUUGGAAGGACAAAUGAUUACAUGCAUGAAACAUCCUCAAAGGACUGAAAAAAUUUUCACUCUAAUUUCUAAUCUGUCAUUGUAAUUUCACAUCAGAUUCUUCACUGAAAAGGUUUCUGUAAAAAUGUUGGUCUCAAAUAUUCUCUUGCAUACUAAGAUGAUUUAGGAAUUAAUUUGUGUUUUUUUUUAUAAAAAUAAAGGUCACGGUUUGUUUUCAGACAUCAAGUGUACAAAAUGGAAUUUUAAAGCUAUAUUUACAAGACAUUAAAGGUACAAUUGUUAGUUCUGUAUUUUUUUUAAUGAUUCUGUUUCCAGAUCAUGAAUUGGUACCUUCCAGAGGAAUCUUCACUUUUUAUAAUGUAGGGUACUGUGUUUUUGAACCAGAUAUUUCUCCAACUGGAGAGGGGAAGAUCCCUCUCAAGGAUCCACGCUCUUGUAGAUUUAGCAUGUGAAGCAUCACCUGGCAUGGCUUCAUCCUUCUCGGCUACGUUUACUCCUGCCCCCAGCCCCAGGGUUGAAUUCUGAGGCAGAUGCGGGAGCUUCUUGUAGCAGCACUGACCAGCGCUGGGCCGUCUGAUGGCCUUCAGUCUUGCAUCACUGAGGUCAGAUUAUUUUUAUAACAUUCCCUGACAGUCCAGAGUCUCUUCGAAUCUGACUUUUCUGGUUUUGUUUGUUUAAAAGAGAUGAGUGUAAAUACUUUAAAGAAAGAAAGAAGGCGCAGCAAUGACUAUUGGAAAUUUAUUUCUUUGCUUAAAUACUGUCCCACACAUCAUGGGACACGUGCUUUCAAGUGGAAAGCAAAACCUUGUUAGAAUUCUUUUUUUGAUAAGUAAAACAUAUUUUAUUUCCUCUGAGCUUGAAUUAGCUCUUUCCUAGCAAACCCCCGUAAUAAAUGAAGUAGCUGGGGUUUUGCUGUGAUACAAAUUUGUAAAUUAUUAGUGUGAGAAAGAGGGAGCCGAAAGCUCACAGUUUGCAUAAAAGUCACUGUAAAUAUUGUGAGAUUUGAGUUUCGAAAAGGUCAUAUUUAAUAAGCCAUUUCAAAAGCACACGUUUAAAUAAAGACUGACUAAAUGAAAAGGUG